GAUUAAAAAGAAGCAUGUCUAUUAGUCGGAAGAACUGGUCAGCUUUAUCCUCGCUGGCACGGAUGUGGUCCACUGAGGAUGAGGAGGAAUUUGAAAGAGAGAAAAGGAGGAAGACGAGAGAACCUAGCACCUCCAUGGAGCCAGAUGACCAAUCGCGUAAUGCUCUAGGACGAGUCAAUGAGUCACAGGAGAGCAGCAAUCAGGAAGAGAGCGAGGGUGGGGGUCUGGCCCAGCUGCAGAUGGAUUUUGUGGAGAUGUUGCGAGUUCGUGAUGAGAGAAGGAGGAUGAGACAUGUGGAGACACUUAGGAGACAGAAGGAGGCGGAGGAAGAGUUAGAGGGGGGAGUGGGAAACAGGUCUGCUGAACCACGGGUAGAGCGACUGGGUAACCUAGAAAAGGGACAACAACAGAGGAAGGAAACAAAGCAGGUGGCGGAGCCCAAACCGAAGGAGGAGCCCAAACAGAAGGGAGAGCUAAAACAGAAGGAGGUGCCAAAACAGAAGGAGGAGCCAGUGGCAGCGUCAGAGGGAGAGAGUCAGAAGGAGAGUAGCAGUACAGAAUCGGACAGAGAAUCAGUUUCUUCUUCAUCCUCACAAGCACGCCGAAAGUUUGUGAGCUCUGUCUCCAUGUCGUUUGAUAAGAGCCCGACGUCACCCACAGCACACAGCAGACUGACAUCACCCCUGAGUCCCAGGUCUCCGGUCUUUCACGACUCAGCCUAUGAUCCCCCACAGAGAUCCUUCAAGCGUGUCCAGAGCCCCACCCAAAACGGAGAGUCUCAGAAUAUUGAGAACGGUUCCGUGGGUGGGGAGGAGGCAGCAGGGAGAGCACCUUUCCUGCGCCAGAGCUCUCGAACAGCGUCCUUCAGGAUGCUGAGGAAGAAAGAAGAGGAGACUGCGCCUUUUCAGAGGAGUGCAAGUGUUCGACUGACAUCAAAGAAGUUUGAGGCUGAUAAGGAUUCUAACCAGGAAGAGGAGCAGCAGUCUGCUUUCCAGAGAAACUCCAGACAGAGAAUAUCAUCCCGUUCCAUUAAAGAGAAGAUGGAGAAACUGGCCCAGGCCUCACAGAAAUGGGAGAUGGCAAAAUCACCUGCUUCGCUCCAAAGGACCCUGUGCUUGGUGGAUGAGGUGUCAAGGAAGAGGGAGAUAUUUGAGAAAGAACAGACAGCCUCUGAGGGGAGCCCAGGUUCCCCCAAACUGGAUUACCACAGCUUCUCAGCCGGGAUCUCUGAAAGGCUUAAUCGCUUUGUUCAGAAGAAAGGCAUGCCUGGAACAUCUUCCCUCAUGCCUGUUGACCUGAGACAUGUGGAUAUCUCUAGUAAGAGGAGUUUGUUUGAGAAGGGGAAUGCUGAGGAGGACCCCCAUUCUCCACACAAAUGAGACGACCUCCCUGACCCUAAAGCCUUUAGAUGUUGUGGAGAGUGAGAUGACUGGCAGAACUCUCUCAAAAGACAACAGCACUGAUUGUCUCUAAACAUUCCUCUUUUUAUUCUGAUGAUAUCUUUGAGAAGUACUUUCAUUAGCAGUCAAGGCCUUGGAUCUAUUCUCGUUCACUCAGUUUUCAUCAUUUAAAUAGGAAAAUAAUGUUUGAUGACCACACUUCCCAAAUUUCAUGUAAUAUUUAAUAACCUUUAGGUAUCAUGCAGGUCAGGGAUGUAGGGUCACACACAAAAUGCAAGUAUGUGAACUAAAGACACACACAUACACACCAUACACUCCGGAACCCGCUUUUACUUGUUACAACUCAACAUAAACUGAAAAAUACGCUCUCAAAGCCCUUUCAAAUUCUCUAAACCUUGUCUCCAUUCAGUCAGUUAAUAAAUAACAAAUGCGUAAAUAAUUAAUUGAAAUUUCUCUAAAGUGACACUAUACCUGCUGCCAUUUUAUCACACUGAGACACCACACUGCACAGAAUUCCACAGUGUAAUUUCAACGUGAACACAAUUACAAAAUGCAUUGAGAAUGAGGGAUAGUAUAAGUCCUUUGCCUAUCUUUGAGACUGCUUCAUUAAACACAGAUUUGAUCAGAUUCCUGUAAUCUUUUCUCAGAAAAUCUUAGCUCUUCUGCUGCUUAAACAAAUAUGCUUCCAGUUCUUUGCUACCAAAGGCAAUCUACCUGCCAAUGAAUUAUUAUUGUUCACA